UGUGAGCUUUGGCGGCUGGCAGGCUGACAACUGCCUGAGAGGCGCAGGGAAUGUGAGUGUUCGGAGGGAAGCGGCAGGGCGCACCGCUGUCUCCGACUAUCGCUGUUUUUUGUCAGCCGAGCUGUUUGCAUCCCGAGGCCCAGCCGUUAUCACGGGCCUCGUCCCACAAGGACGCACUUCCUGUACACAGUCAGACAGUGACUCCAACAUGGGGGUCAAAACCUUUACUCACAGCUCCACAUCCCACAGCCAGGAGAUGUUGGAGAAGCUGAACGCUUUGCGCAACGAGGGACACUUAUGUGAUGUCACCAUUCGGGUCCAAGACAAGCUCUUCCUGGCCCACAAAGUGGUCUUGGCCUGCUGCAGUGAGUUCUUCCGCUCCAAACUGGUGGGCCGGCCAGAGGAGGAGGACAAAUUCGUGUUGGAUCUUCAUCACGUGACCGUUAGUGGAUUCGCUCCUCUGUUGGAAUAUGCUUACACAUCUACGCUGUCCAUUAGCACAGAGAAUAUCAUUGACGUCCUGGCAGCUGCAAGUUACAUGCAGAUGUUUGCUGUGGCUAGCACAUGUUCAGAGUUCAUGAAGUCCAGUAUUCUGUGGAGCCCAGGUAACAACAACAACAACAACAACCUUACGGCAGAUAAACCCCAUGAAUCAGCACCAGAGAGCGCCUCAUCAAACUGUGCCCUGACGCCAUUGGAUGGCAGUGUGUCACCUGUUUCAUCUGACUGCAGUGUGAUGGAGAGAAACGUUCCUAUAUGCCGUGAAUCACGACGGAAGCGCAAAAGCUUUGUAACAAUGGCAUCACCUGAGAGUCCACUUAAAUGCACUACACAGAUGGUUACCACCUCCCCUCAGAUCCCCAACCCAUCCCCUUCAUUCUCUGACAGCACAGCCCAGCCUGUGGAAUCCUCCUUGGCCUUCCCAUGGACUUUCCCGUUUGGUAUCGACCGGAGGUUCCACUCAGACAAAUCAAAGCUUCCGGAGAGUCCUCGUUGUUUAGAGCAGGGCACCCCAGGGACCUCAGAGGUGGUUGUUGGUCGGCGGCUCAGCGACUUCCUAACAUGUGAGAGCUCCAAGGUGGUGUCAUCACCAGUGGCGGCAGAAGAGGAAGAUGUGAGAGUGAAGGUGGAGCGUCUUAGUGAUGAGGAGGUCCAAGAGGCGUCCUCUCAGCCGGUCAGUGCCUCUCAGAGCUCACUGAGUGACCAGCAGACGGUGCCAGGAAGUGAACAGGUCCAAGAAGAGCUCCUCAUCAGUCCACAGUCCUCCUCUAUAGGGUCGAUGGAUGAGGGAGUGUCUGAGGGUUUGCCAUCAAUGCAGAGCACCUCCAACACUGGAGGACAUGCUGAAGAUGAUGAAAGGUUAGAAGGUAUUCAGUAUCCUUACCACCUUUAUAUCAGCCCCUCAGCCAGGCCUGGCACCAAUGGCCCCGACAGACCCUUCCAAUGUCCGACCUGUGGAGUCAGAUUCACGCGCAUUCAAAACCUGAAGCAGCAUAUGCUCAUACACUCAGGCAUUAAGCCUUUCCAGUGUGACCGCUGUGGGAAAAAGUUCACACGGGCCUACUCCCUAAAGAUGCAUCGGCUGAAGCACGAAGGUAAACGCUGUUUCCGGUGCCAGAUUUGUAGCGCCACAUUCACGUCCUUCGGUGAAUAUAAGCACCACAUGAGGGUCUCCCGACACAUAAUCCGCAAGCCGCGGAUUUACGAGUGCAAAACGUGCGGGGCCAUGUUCACCAACUCUGGCAAUUUAAUUGUACACCUGAGGAGUCUGAACCAUGAGGCAUCCGAACUAGCAAACUACUUCCAGAGCAGUGAUUUCCUCGUGCCCGACUACCUGAGCCAGGUGCAGGAGGAGGAGGAGGCGCUGGGAGUCCAGUAUGAGCUAGAGGAGUCCCAACAUCACCCUGUCUACCCGGGCAGUACCUCCACCUCCACCACAACUGCGGCCUCAUCCACCUCCUCAGUCCAGAUGCCCGUCAUCUCCCAGGUCUCCUCCUCCACCCAGAAUUGCGAGAAUUCCUCCGGCUUCCUUUCACCCGAGCCCCUGGAUCCCCUGGAAGCCUCAGCCUCCCUCAAGAUGGAUGCUGAUGAGACAGCGGCCGUGACAGAGGAGACCAAGAUGGACAACAGUGUAGGAGGCAGUUCCCCAGAGGUGCUCGAAGAAGAGCAGCAGCAGCAGCAGCAGCAGCAUACCCAGGGCAAGGAGCUGGCUUCUAUUACCAUAGAGUGAUUCAAGCCUUCUACUUGCUCAUCAUGUCUUAUUUUGCAGUCAUGUCAUAUGGGAAUAUGUGUUGGAAUGCCUUGGCGGCUAAAAGGGACAACUUGGACAUGGGCACAUGUUGAAACCUCAUCAUGUGAAGCCAUCAAGACGCAGGGAUUGAAGUUUUCUGAAGACUUCAGUUGCCUUGAUGAUGUUUUUCCACAAGCAACACGGAUGCACUUAUGUGAGUUCAUGUUUUACACCAAACAAAUCCAGCAAAGUAAAUUUUAUUUGUGUUCUCAGCAGUGGUGGUACAAUUUUCCUGAACUUGCUUCAGUAGCAGUUAGCUCAGAGCAGUUACAGUUGGGGCUUUUCCACUGGUGCUUUGCAGCGCCAAGUCAAUCCAUGCUGCGCUGAUUUGCUUUUCCAUUGCCAGUUUAACUGCACUGAGUUGUGCCGCUGAGCCUUGUUCAAGAUGAACCUUCUUCAGGUUGGGGCUAAAGCGAGCUGCAGUGACAGCUUGUUACUGUGGCCAACCUGUGACUCAUCUCAUGUUUACGUAGGAAACCUGAGAGAGAGAUGUUUUUAACUGAGUUUCUUCAGUUUCUCUACAGUGUCCCUGACCUUACUUUCAGAUAUCAGAUGUAUUUCACUGUUUCAUCAUGUUUGUUUUCAUCUGUAGACAAGUUUAGUUGAGUUACUGCUAGAGAAAAAACAACAUUUCCUGGUUUGGCUGCUUUAUGAUGAAAGUAUUUUAUUAACUGGUGGAGGGACUAACUAAUGGGGAACUUAAAGUGCGAAGAAUUGUUAAACUGGGAUGAGAGUUUUCGGGCACUUCUUUGACUUCCACUCAAUCCACUUUCAUCAUCAGUUAAAGACGCAUCUGAAUGCAGGUAGCCUCGUCGUAAUGGAAAUGCAAACCCUGUCGCACCGGGCUGAUGUGCCCAGUCAAAGCGAGUCAGGCUGAGCCAGCACUUGCUAAUGGAAAAGCCCCACUUGUUGUUGACAUAAGAUGUCAGUAGGUCAUACAAUCUGUGUUCGGCCUACCACCACACCUGAAUUUCAAAGUAAUAUCAAGUGAACAGUAUUAAAGGGCAGCAAUCUUUAAGAAGGUUGUUUUUUUCCCAUAUGACGUGAAUGCAGCACAAGCUAAAGUCAUUUCUGUCUUAGCCUAUUUGAGGUUUGUUUCGUACAAGCCUUGCCCUACUUUUGGAAAGUGCCUGAGAGUUCCCAUUUUAACAAAGCAGCGUGUAGAGGAAAAAGAGGUCUUGACUUUGCCAACAGUGACAAAUCAAGUGUUUGCAAACUGAGCUAAAUAAAAACAUAUUGUAUUUCAUUUGUAGUGAUAAUGCUAGUUUGUAUGGGCUGAGACUGUGUUAUUCCUUCAGUGCCGUCGCUAUAGGCAAACUGUUAAAUGUCAAUAUUAUCUAUAUUGCAAUAGCUUGUACUGUAGUUUUACUAUUUGAAUGCUGUGUAUGAUAUGUCAGGUGUGUAUGUGCUUUUGUUUUUAACUCUAUAAACUCAGAACAUUUCAUUUUUAAAUGUUUAAAACUUGAAAUUAUAUUGACAGAGUAUUCCCAUAAGAUGUUUGUGCAGUAUAUACGAUUUCUGACCUAUUAGAACUUAUUUUUUUAUUUUUUAUGAACACUGUUGUUAAAUCAAACAUCACAUCUCCAAAAACCUAAACUCUAAGAGUUUAGGGAGACUUGGAUCAGCACUGAUGCAUCUUUUGUUUUAAAAACCUAACCAAAUAAAUGACUAAAUAAGACUGACAUUUAUGUGAGACAAACAAGGAAACUAAAAAAAAAAAAAAAAAAGAAAGAAAGAAAAAAAAAAAUUAAAAAUUUGGGCUUCAAAUUUUUAUCAUGACUGCAGUGUUAUAUUCCCAAACAGACUCUACGACAUGGUAAUGUAGCAUUAACCCGUGUCAUAAAUAUUGAUAUCUGACAUGGGAUUCAAGUUUCAAUCAUCCUGAAUUACCAACAGGUACACUGCUGAUGUUCUACGAUGUUGCAUGACUGUUGAAGUGAUGUUUCAUUUCGGUACAACACGAUUGUCUUUUAUAAUCUUUGUGUGACUUUAUGGUUGACAAACCGAGAAUUAUGUUAUCCCAAAAGCGUGGACUAACCACCAGCUUUGUUUGAUUUUUCUUUAUCUAAUGUCAUAAAGGGAAAAACUACAUUGUGAAGACUUCCCUGACUGAAAUGUAAGAAAAUAUUGUACGUCUGCAACCAGGAACGCAGGAAGUAGUUAAUGCAAAGAUUCUGAUGCUAUCUGUGAUGGCCAGUUCUCUGUCAGAACCAGGCUGUUGUUGGGUGUUAUGGUAGUAUUGCUUCAGAAGCAGUAUGAACAUGCUAAUGUGUGAAUGCAAAUACUGUGAGUGAAAUCAUUAUAAAUGAUAACUUCAAAAUAUAGGCGAGAGCUUACCCUUCAUCUUAAACUGAUAACACAGUUUGGCAGUUGAUGUUACUUGUUUCUUUUUGAAUGCUGAUUUUGGGUCUAACCUUCAGCUCCUGUUACCUGUGUUGUGCCAACAUGGUUGUAAUUGUGUCCUUGGACAUUGUUGUGCCUGUAUUUUGAGAAGAUAAUGAUACCCAUGGUGAUGAUCCAUGAGUUGAAUGCUACUGACUGUGACUUGUUCAGUGAAAUCUUUGUAUGUAUUUUCUGUUGCCCCCUGAAAGUAGUACAAACAGCCGACAUUUAGGAUGAUCGCAGCAGGAUGGAAGACCUCACACGCAGAGUUGAUUGUAAAUGUAAAGAUGACUAUUGCUGUGAUGAGGGCAUCAAUAUCACCCUGUCCUGAUCUAUGAAAUUCACUGAGAGCUGUCUUAAAAUGUCAGCGCGUGCCAUCCUAUCAGUCACUUUUUCAAAGUUGUGCCAUUUGCCCUUUUAUCUGGGUACAAAUCAUGCUUUUUCCUACAGGACCAAAUGUUCUCUAUCUUAUUUGGGAUUUGCCAUGGCAAUCAGUAAUUGCACAUAAUAAAAGAAAGAGAUAAUCAUUCAAAGUGGUCCAUGGUAUUUAGCAAAGGGGUCCUGCUGUUUUGCCCCUUAAAACACUGUAUGAUGUUGUGCAUUUAAGAGGCUAGCCUUAGUAAAUGGACCUAUUAACUCUAGUUGCACAAUAUCAAAAUUUUAAAAGUUUUCUAUUUCCAUUUGUAUGUCACGCUUUUCAUCUGUUUUUCUUCAGUGUCUGUACUCAAACGACUUUUUUAUAAUGAAAUGCUGCUGUUUGUUGAAACGCAAAGUGCCCAAAAUAUUUUUGUGAACCAAUGGUGUGCAAUAAAUGGACAGGUGUUGUUUUUGAAAGUUUGGAUUUUGUCUUUGGAAUGGUGAAUUCUGUUGAAAAAAAAAAAAGAAGAAUGUAUAAUUUUGUUUUAUUCAAAUGUGACUGAAGGUGAAUCAAAUAGGCAAGGACCCCAUUUGAUCUGUGAAACAAAGAACAAAGCUUUGAUUUCAGACGACCGGUUCUAUUCAGCUCCUUUCUGUUUGUUUCUGAAGUUGCAUGUUCAUAUCGUUCUGUGAAGUGGAGAGCAUGUCUUCAGUUGCCGAUGCGUUCUGUCAAGGCCUUAUUUGUCGAUGACUCUUCAUCCAACAUAGCUUUGAUCUGUUGUUCAGCAUGCCCUCUACUUUUCUGUACAUUUUCCCUUUUCUGUGCAAUGUUUUAAAGUAUCUUGAUUAUACACAGGACAUGCCUUUUCAAUGUACACUUGAUGUUGUAUAUGUUUUCCAGUCCUUUAUUUAAAAUUAGGAAAAUCGAAGAAAAAAACCUGGUAGCUCUUCAUAGUGGCAUAUAUAUUUUUGGUGACUUUUGUAUUAUGGUUGCUGUUUCAUGGCAUCUUUGGAUAUUCUUGUUAAAUGUGAAUAGAACAGCUUAGUUUGGGAGUGUGGGGGGCCUUGGUAGUCUUCACUUUGUGACUCUCUGCAGUGUGUGUGUGUGUGUAUGUAUAUAUAUAUAAAUAUACAGUAUAUACACUCAUACUAUGUUGCAUAUUCUUUAUACUGUAGGCUACUUGAUUACAACCUGCUUUGAGACAGAUGUUGUUUUUUGUGUCUUUGAUACUGUAUUUAAACUGUAGUUUGGAGAAACUGUACAAAAACAUCCCAGAUAGUAAUGCAACCUGCACAUUGUAUAGGGAGAACUGACGUUUGUGGUGUUGAGUGUUUUAACUGGAUCAUAUUCCACAGUUGGCUGUUAAAAACUGACAAGACCACUCUGUAUUUUAGAGUUCAUGGUUGUUCUGAAUCUUUGCUAGUGUUCUGGCUUUGCAGUCCUGUUAUUAAAAAAAGAGUUGUUUUUGUAAAAGUAUGAAAUGUAAAUAAAAAAAGAAAAAAUCUAAGUCAGACUAAGACUAAAA